GCGCUCUCAGCCAGUCGCCGCGCCGACCCUGCGGACGUGAGCUCGGUGCCUUCGCGGCGCCAUGGCCGUGAGAUGUGCAUCUUCCGCGCCUUGCCAGCCCCAGACAUCUAUGGAAUUUAAGGACAAUAUGGAGCUCAUCAGAGUGUAUCAAUGAAGAAUAUGAUGGCUGAAAACAAUUUUAAAAUGCUAAAGAUUCAGCAGCGUGUAGUAUCCAGCAAACUACCUAGAAACAGGCCAUAUAUUUGCAAUAUUUGCUUCAAGCACUUUGAAACACCGUCAAAAUUAGCUAGGCAUUAUCUCAUUCAUACUGGUCAAAAACCAUUUGAAUGUGAUGUGUGUCAUAAAACCUUUAGACAACUAGUUCAUCUGGAGAGGCAUCAACUAACUCAUAAUCUGCCUUUUAAAUGUAGUAUUUGUCAACGCCACUUUAAAAAUCUGAAGACGUUUGUAAAACACCAGCAAUUUCACAAUGAAACCUAUCAGAAUGAUGUUAAGCAAGUCAGAAGAUUGCUGGAGGCCAAGCAAGAAAAGCCAGUGUAUGGAAUGUAUAAUACUUUUACUACAGAGGAGAGAUGGGCAUUACACCCAUGCUCUAAGUCUGAUCCCACGUACGGCACUACGAAGAGAAAGAAUAUUCAUGCGUGUACAAUCUGUGGCAAGAUGUUUCCGUCACAAUCCAAACUUGACAGGCAUGCCCUUAUUCACACUGGCCAGAGGCCUUUUAAAUGUGUCCUGUGCAGUAAAUCUUUCCGACAGUCAACUCAUUUAAAAAUUCACCAACUCACACAUUCAGAAGAAAGACCUUUUCAAUGUUGUUUUUGUCAAAAAGGAUUUAAGAUUCAAAGCAAACUUCUGAAGCAUAAACAAAUCCAUACUAGGAAUAAGACUUUUCAGACUCUUUCAUUAAAGGUGAAGCGUCCAGAAUCAUGCCCCUUGCCUAAUAAAUUAAAUGCAAAGCAGGAUGGUUUUGAAAAUGGUGAUAUGGGUGAACCUGAGGAGAAUAAUCCACUUGAUGUCCACUCUAUUUAUAUUGUCCCUUUUCAGUGUUCAGAGUGUGAAGAAUGUUUUGAAUCAGAGCAGAUUCUCAAUGGACACAAGUGUUUUCCUGCCAGAGGUGGCAAAAUUCCAAGCAGACUCAAAAGAAGCUACAACUAUAAAACCAUUGUUAAAAAGAUCUUGGCCAAACUUAAACGUGCUGGGGGCAAAAAAUUAGAUAACUUUCGGUCAGAGAAAAAAGCGUAUAAACAUAGUUUCUUGAAAAAUUGUGAUCUUAUUUCUAGUGAGCAGAACUCUGAAGCAUCUCAGAGAAGAUUUAUGGGUUCUCUUGGUAAACAUGGAACAUAUAAGACAGUUGGCAAUAAAAAAAAGAAAACAUUGCCUUUGCCAUUUUCUUGGCAAAAGCAAUUCCAGAGCCAAAAUAUGGGGAAAAAUUUGAAAAGUAUCCUUACAGCAGAAAGCAUAUUAACUAUAGAUAGCUCAGUGAAUAAUAAAGACUUGGCAAUCUAUGGUUCAUCCACUGAGGAAUUCUUUAAUAACUGUGAAAUGCUUCAGUGUGGUUUUUCACUUCCAAGUGAAAACAUACAUACUGGGCAUAAGAUGUGUCCCUGUGAUAAAUGUGAGAAAGUAUUUCCUUCUAUAUCCAAACUACAAAGACACUAUUUAAUUCAUACUGGACAAAGGCCUUUUGGCUGUAAUGUUUGUGGGAAAUCUUUUAGACAGUCAGCUCACUUAAAAAGACAUAAACUAACUCAUAUUGAAAAGAUUCCUUAUAGAAGAUCUCUUUGCAUUCAUCCAAGUGAUAAUGUUAACUAUAAUUCUUCCCAACAGUAUCAGGCUCUUGCUUUUCAAAAAUACGAGUUUUCAGAGUCAGAUCAAACAUCAGAAAUAGAAGUUAAAAAAGAAGCUGAGGAUUUUAUUCUUGGUACCCACUGUAGGAACCAGCAGCCCUAUGUCUCUAAUGCACUUUUGGAAUCAGACCAGAGCCCUCAUUGUUUUAGUAAUUCAGGGCAUCCUGAGAGAAAUGAUGGCCUCCUUUACCAAUGCAGUGUUUGCUGUAAAAGUUUCCGAUCUCCAUCUAAACUGGAAAGACACUAUCUAAUCCAUGCAGGGCAGAAACCAUUUGAAUGCUCAGUUUGUGGCAAAACAUUCAGACAGGCUCCUCACUGGAAGAGACAUCAACUCACUCACUUUAAAGAACAAACACAAGACAAAGUAGUUGUAUUAGAUUCAAUUAUGUAACUGUCAAAACCACUAACAUUUGUAGUCUCUGCCGGUCUUGUAUCAUUUAAACAUUUUUAUCAAAAGGCCUGCAUUAGAUUGAAUGAUUUCAUGGGCAGUUGCUUGUCCUGUGGUAAGAUAUAAAGAAAAUUAAUACAAUGUUUUAGGAAUAGCCAAAUUAAUUUUUGAAAGGAAGAACAUGGCUUGAUUCCAUAAACAUUUAUUUGGCUAUAUUGAAAGUUAUAAAUUCAUGAUGUUGUACAAGCAGUUCAGCCACAUUUUUAAAAGGAAUUAUUCCUUGAGAUAUGCCAUCUCUUUUUGAAUAGACAUACUCAGAAGAGGUGAAAAUUCCGCUUUAGCUGCGGCAAAUAGCGUUUAUAGUUCAUAUAUUUUACAUUAAAGGAUAAUUUGUCCACCUAUGGCUCUAAUUUUUUUGUAAAACAUUUUUCUUGCAAUUUAAAGUACGAGUAUGAAUGAAAAAAUUAUAGCAUUUUAAUCAGACUUUUCAAAGCUAUUCUUAGAAUUAUGUGAAAAUUUUUACCACCUUCAGGUGCUCAGAUGAUGAAGGUUUUAUUUUAUUUUUGGUUCAGGCGGCUAUUAACUUCCCCAAAGGAUUUUAAAAGAGGACAAGAUGCACCUGCAUACAUUUAUCAUGUUUACUUACCAGGAAUAUUUUUCAGGUGCCAUAAUUUAUCAUAUAUGCAGUUUUGUCUUUUCAGAGGGAUGAAUGCAAUUCAUUUAUUUGCUUGUUAAUACAGUAGUUGAAAGCAAUCAUUGUAAACAAGACUCAAAAGACUGUUCCCAGAAGACUUACUUUAGUGGGACUUUGUUUUAAUGCUUCUUUCAGUGGUCUUUGACUUAAGGUUGAUUUACUAAGGUUGAUCAAAUGGGAAUGACCAUAUCUAGUUUUAGUUUUUAUUAUGCUAAUCCUAAAGAAUUACUUUGGUCCUUAUUUUAAUUUUAAUUGGGAAGAUAACCUGUGUAAUCCUAAACUAUCAGGGACCAAUUUCAUAAUCAUACAUUGUCCUUCGUAUUUGCCAUUAUUUGUAAAAUCUUUAGGAAUGACAUUUUGUAGCAAUAAAAAAGUGAACCAUUGUGUUUCUAAGGUGUAAAGAAAAGCAGGUGGGUAUUUAUCUUAGCACAUUUAAAUAUAGUAAGAAGCCCUCUAUUGAGAAUGUGGAUAAAUAAUUGUAAGUUUGCAUCAUAUUUAAGAUUUGUCAUUGGGAACCGGGCGGGGGGGGGUGGCUUCCUUUACCACAAGUGAGUUUUAGGUACCUUGAGUUUAAUUUAUAGAAAUGAAAUAUGACAAUAUAAGUAAAAGACUCAGUGAUGUGGAAAUGGCCCUAUAUUUUGAGAGACAUCCAGCUGAAGCAGGAGAAUUACAUGCUUUAGAGGAUAAUUUGUUUCCUUGAACUAUCUCCAGUGCAAGCAAGAUGUGGUUUACAGAAUUUGCUUUAUCCAAAACUCUUCAAGAAUACACCUAUUACAUAAAAGCAAGGAGUAAUUAGUUAAUAUUUUCUUAGAAUAAAAGUUAAAGAGUUCAUUACCAUGCCUGAAAUCAUGGAUUUUGCUAUUUCCCUAAGCUGUUGUAAAAUUUUACUUGAAGGAAAUAUCUUACAUACUCCUUUCCCAGUCCAAACAGGAAGAGUUCUGAAUGUUGUGCUUGUAUGACUCAGAUUUUAUUUGCCUUAGUGAUACUACUAUUUUACUUUUUUUUUUUUUUUGGCUCAUGCCUUUUUAAGCUGUUUCAUAUUGAAAGUUGGUAUAUUGUAAAAAAUUUUGUCAAAAAUGUACUGUAGUGCUAUUUGAAGUACCUGUAACAAAAUACUUAUUUACCUUUAUUAUCUUUGCAAGCUUCUUAUGGAAACUUUAUAGGAGUGAAAAUAAAGUAUGAAACCAUGUUAAAAAGAUUAAACAGAUGUUAAAAGAUGGUUUGCUGCAUGCUAGACCUAUUAGUAUUGUUGAAUCAAUUACUUUGGUUUUCUGGAAAAAUAAACUAUAAAUAUCAUUGAA